AUGCGCAGCGAUGGGCACACGCUGGAGGGGAGCCCGCAGUCCGGGCGCUCUAUGCCGUACGGCGGGGGGCGCCUGGCUGGAACCCGGGGGCUCCCGUGUCCACAGCCCGUGCGCCUUGCGCGGGGUCCCGUGAACCGGGGGCCGCAGCCCGGGGAGCCGAGGCGAGGGGGCCUUUCCCGCGGGGGUCCCAGCCUCCGAGCGGCAUCGGCUUCGGGGGUGCGAAGUGCUUGGCUCAGGCUGCCCAGGCUCAGCGCCCCCCGCUGUGCACGGCCUGGCCCGGCCCUGCCCCCGUGCGAGCCCCCGCCGGGGCAGCCGCGGUGCCGGGCUCCCGGACGCCGGAAGGGGGCGCACGGACCCCUGCUCCCCAAAGCACCCGGGCUGUGCGCCCGGGUGAGGGGCGGCGCAGGCGGCGCAGGCGGAGGUCGGGCGGGGAUGGGGAUGGGGCGAGGCGCGGUGCCCGCGGGCGCCCUGUGCCUGGGCGCUGCGCUCAGCGGCAUCCUCAGCUUCGGGCUCCUGGCCGUGGCCAUCGGGUCGGACUAUUGGUACCUGGUGCGGGUGGAACCGGCUCGGGACCCGGCGUCGCUCAGCUCCCACUCCGGGCUCUGGCGGGUCUGCGAAGGCAGGAACGUCUGCGUCCCACUGAUCGACCCAUUUGGGAGCGAAACCCAAGAGGUGCCUAAGUCACUGCAGCAUCUUAUCUGCAUGCACCGGGCCUUGGUGGUCAUGCUGCCGCUCAGCCUCAUCCUCCUCGUCUUCGGCUGGAUCUGUGGCGUCGUCAGCUCCUUGGCACAAAGCUGUCAGCUGCUGCUCUUCACAGGCUGCUACUUCCUGCUGGGAGCCCUGCUGACUUUGACCGGGAUCAGCGUCUACAUCAGCUACUCGGAGGCGGCCUUCGCUGAGACCGUCCGCAUGUACAACCAACAGCACUUUGACCACGUCCACGUCAGCUUUGGCUGGUCCAUGGCACUGGCCUGGCUCUCCUUCAGCUCGGAGGUGCUGGCUGGCUCCCUCCUCCUCCUCGCUGCCCGGCUCCACCACCUGCAGCAAGCCACACGCUCUGUGGCCAUCUGAGCCACAGGGAGAUGGGCAGAGACACCCCAGCGCUCC